CAGUUGGCGUUCACGAACGACCGAAAGUGUACGGUAAUUCCGAAAGCCGCGCAUCGCACGCGGCAUCAAAUACGGCGCGGCGAAGCUCGUCGGCAUUGACAUUUUCGCUUCCUGCUGAUUCUCUCUUCAGUCGCCAGGCGUCGCAUGGUCAGGCAUGAGUUCCAUGGAUGCGUUCUGCGGCUCGCGGUUUUGGGACUACAACCAGACAUGGAACACAACAGACCCCGACCUGAGCAUCUGCUUUCAAGACACCGUGCUGACAUGGGUGCCUUGCGGGUUCCUCUGGGUCACAGCUCCCAUCGAGACAUACUUCCUGCUCAAGAGCAGCAGUCGGCUCAUCCCGUGGACUGCGCUCAACCUGGCUAAGUUGGCCAUCACCUUUGUGCUGUUUGUUAUCUCCCUGGUCGAGUUCAGCUAUGCAGGCCACGCAGCCCUCGCUGAAGGCAUUGCCUUGCCGUCCGUCUACUUCUACACACCCUUCAUCAAGCUGGCAACAUUUUUGCUGGCUGGCCUGCUGCUCCUGGCGGGUCGGAAGCGGGGCAGCCAGACCUCAGCAGCGCUCUUCUUCUUCUGGUUCCUGCUGAUGCUCUGCGGUGUGGUGCCGUACCGGUCGCACCUCAAGCAUGCCUUAGCAACGCCCGAUGAAGAUGCGCCGGAUUAUGCCAAAGAAGAGCGACCGGGAGAGCCGCUGUUCUUUGGGGCAUACAUGGCGUACUACCCGCUGGUGAUAAUACAGUUCCUGCUAAACUGCUUCGCUGACAGCAAGCCCAUCUACAGGCAGCAUGUGCUGCCACCUGAGGAGAAGGAGUGCCCGGAGGCCGGUUCCUCGUUCCUCUCCCAGCUGCUGUUCUCAUGGUUUGACGCACUGGCUUACAAGGGCUGGCGGCAUCCCCUCGAGACCUCCGACCUUUGGGCACUGAACUUCAAGGACCGCACCGAGCAAGUUGUGCCGGGCUUUGACCGCCACUGGCUCAAGCAGGUCGCGGCCGCUCAGUUUCACAGGGACAGGGCUGCAGCAGCCGGGGCUGCAGCAGGGGGCGACGUGUCGGCCGCUUUCCACCACAACCACGCCAACCACGACGGCGGCGAGGUGAAGUUCUCCGACCGGAGCUCUCACAAGAAGACUGGAAUGGGCAGCACAGCUUCGCUGCCAGCUGGUGGCGAGCGGCGUGCCCGGCUCAGCAUCGUCAAGGCACUUAUCCAGACAUUCGGGCCAAGCUUCGUCGUCGGUAGCAUCCUCAAGUUGGUCCACGACACUCUACAGUUCGUUUCACCUCAGCUGCUUCGAAUGAUGAUUGGCUUUGUGGGCUCGGACGAGCCCGCCUGGAAAGGCGUGUUCUACGCGGCGCUCAUGUUCACUACUGCAUCAGUCCAGUCACUGGUGCUGUCGCGGUACUUCCACCGCAUGUACAUCGUUGGCAUGCGCAUCCGUACCUGUCUCAUCUCGGCCAUCUAUCGCAAGAGCCUUGUGCUGUCCAAUGCAGCCAAGAAAGAGUCGACGACGGGCGAGAUCGUGAACCUGAUGUCGAACGACGCCCAGCGCUUCAUGGAGCUCAUGGUGUUCCUCAACAUGCUGUGGUCGGCGCCCUACCAGAUUGCGCUGGCGCUCUACUUCCUCUGGCAACUGCUGGGUGUCGCCGUGCUUUCGGGCGUCGGCAUCAUGGUGCUGAUGGUGCCCAUCAACGGUUUCCUGGCUGCCUACUCCAAAAAACUCCAGACGCGCCAGAUGAAGCACAAGGAUGAGCGCAUCAAGCUGAUGAACGAGAUCCUGGGCGGCAUGAAGGUGCUGAAGCUGUACGCCUGGGAGCCCUCGUUCCAGGAGCACGUGCAGAACAUCCGCGAGCGCGAGGUGCGCAACCUGCGGCGCAUGGCCUACGUGUCGGGCAUCCUGUCCUUCCUGUGGACCUGUGCCCCAUUCCUGGUGUCGCUUAUGUCGUUCAUGACGUACGUGCUCAUCGAUGACAAGAACGUGCUGGAUCCUCAGCGGGCGUUUGUAUCGCUCACGCUGUUCCACAUCCUUCGCUUCCCGCUGUCCAUGCUGCCCAUGUUAAUCUCCAUGCUUGUGCAGGCAAGCGUGUCAGUGAAGCGAAUGAACAAGUACCUAGGCCAUGAGGAGCUCGAGGAGUACGUCUCUCACGAGAAGGAUGACGUGUCCACUCCUAUUAGGGUUCGCAACGGCUCAUUUGCCUGGACCAAGGACGAGGAGGCCGUGCUGCGGGAGGUGGACGUCCAGGUGCCCAAGGGUGCACUGGUGGCCAUAGUGGGGCAGGUGGGGUCGGGCAAAUCGUCCCUCCUCUCCGCGCUGCUCGGCGACAUGGAGCGCCUCGACGGCUCUGUCAACGUCCAGGGCUCGGUGGCGUACGUGGCACAGCAGGCAUGGAUCCAGAAUGCCACGGUGCGCGACAACAUCCUCUUCCAGAAGACAAUGGAGCGCGAGCGUUACAACCGCACCCUCGACCAGUGCGCCCUGCAGUCGGACCUCAACAUCCUGCCCGGCGGAGACCUCACCGAGAUUGGCGAGAAGGGCAUCAACCUUAGUGGCGGCCAGAAGCAACGUGUCAGCCUGGCUCGUGCUGUGUACAGCGAUGCCGACAUCUACCUGCUGGACGACCCGCUGAGUGCCGUCGACUCGCACGUGGGCAAGCACAUUUUCGACCAAGUCAUCGGUCCCAAGGGUGUACUCAAGGACAAGACACGGUUGCUGGUGACGCACGGCAUCUCGUACCUGCCGCAAGUGGACCGGGUGAUCGUGCUGCGGGACGGGCGCAUCGAGGAGCAGGGCACCUACAAGGAGCUGCUGGCCCGCAAGGGGGCUCUGGCAGAGGUGCUCCUGCACUUCCUCCGCGAGGAGAGCCAGGAGGACGGGCUGCUCAACGAGGAUCCCAACGUGGUCGAGGACCUUCUGCUGCACGUCGGCAGUCCGGAGAUCAGCAAGCAGCUAUCGCAGCACAAGUCGACGUCGGAACUCUCGCUGGCGGAGCGCAAGGAGUUCCUUCGCAGCCUGUCCCGGCAGCUGUCCGAGACACAGAGCCAGUGCUCCAAUGGGCCUGGCUCGGUCCCGCAGACUACGGGACAAGGCGUUGGUCUUCGUCGCUCAAGUGCCGGCACCGAGUCUAUGUCGGGCCGGUCGCUAACACGCUCACAGUCGACGCUGCGUGCUGGUCAAGGGGACAAGUCUUCUCCGGCGGAAGAGGCUGGCACAAAGCUGGUCCAGGCUGAGGCAGCUGAGACUGGACGGGUCAAGUGGCGGGUGUACUUUGCCUACUUCGGUGCAAUCGGGGUGGCCUGGAUGGUGCCCAUUGUGGUGAUGAACCUGGCUUCACAAGCCUUCUCGCUCGGCUCCAACGUGUGGCUCACUGCCUGGAGCAACGACGCUCCAAUGCCCGACGGAUCGCAAGACCUUGCCAAGCGGGACCUGCGCCUCGGAGUCUACGGUGCACUGGGCCUGGCGCAGGGUGUGACGAUCCUUUUUGGCUCUCUGACGCUGUCGCUGGGCAGCCUGAAGGGCGCCAUGCUCCUACACAACGGCCUGCUGCACAACAUCCUGCGCUCGCCCAUGUCCUUCUUCGACACCACUCCGCUGGGGCGCAUCGUCAACCGCUUCUCCAAGGAUGUGGACACAAUGGACCUAGCAAUCCCGAUGACAGUGCGGUCGUGGCUCAUGUGCUUCCUGCAAGUGGUCUCCACGCUGAUCAUCAUCACCAUGACGACGCCCAUCUUCCUGGUUGUCGCGGUUCCCGUGUUUGUCCUCUACUACCUCAUACAGGCAUUCUACGUGGCCACAUCGCGGCAGCUGAAGCGGCUCGAGUCGGUGACGCGGUCGCCCAUCUACACGCACUUCUCGGAGACCUUGUCAGGCGUGAGCACGAUCCGUGCCUACGGGGCGCAGGAGCGCUUCGUGCAUGAGUCCAACCAGCGCGUCGACAACAACCAGAUGUGCUACUACCCGUCCACCAUCUCCAACAGGUGGCUGGCUGUGCGUCUGGAGUUCUGCGGCAACCUGAUUGUUUUGUCCGCUGCCUUGUUUGCCGUCUUCGGCAGCGAUCACCUGGAUGGGGGCACCGUUGGUCUUUCGCUUUCCUAUGCGCUUUCAAUCACGGCCACUAUGAACUGGAUGGUGCGCAUGAGCUGCGAGUUUGAGACCAACAUUGUGGCCGUCGAGCGGAUCAUGGAGUACACGCGGUCACCCACUGAAGCCGCAUGGGACAUUCCGGAGUCUAAGCCCCCCGUCGAGUGGCCCAAGGAUGGUGAGGUGCAGUUCCGGGAGUAUGCAACCCGGUACCGUGAGGGACUGGACCUUAUCAUCAAGGACAUCACGGUCUCCGUCCACCCCGGCGAGAAGGUUGGCAUUGUGGGCAGGACUGGCGCUGGCAAGAGCUCACUGAUGCUGUCCCUCUUCCGCAUCAUCGAGCCCGCCCAGGGCACCAUCAUGAUUGACGGUGUCGACGUCACCAAGAUUGGCCUGCACGACCUCCGCUCCAAGCUGACCAUCAUACCACAGGACCCAAUUCUGUUCUCCGGCACUGUGCGCACCAACCUGGACCCAUUCAAGUCCAAGAGCGACGAGGACAUCUGGGCAGCCCUGGAGCUUUCGCACCUGAAGACAUUCAUCUCGGGCCUCGACCGGGGCCUCGAGCAUGAAGUCCAGGAGGGUGGCGAGAACCUCAGUGUGGGCCAACGUCAGCUGCUGUGUCUGGCACGGGCACUGCUGCGAAAGUCUAAGGUGCUCGUGCUGGACGAGGCGACGGCUGCCGUGGACAUGGAGACGGAUGAGCUCAUCCAGCAGACGAUCCGGCGCGAGUUUGCCGGCUCCACCAUCCUCACCAUCGCCCACCGGCUCAACACCAUCCUGGACUAUGAUAGGAUCCUGGUGCUGGAGCAAGGGCGAGUGGCCGAGUUUGACACGCCGGCCAGCCUGCUAGCCGCCGAGAACUCCAUCUUUCACGGCAUGGCUAAGGACGCGGGCCUGGCCUGAUUGACGAUGCACAAUUAGCCUAUGUUAUUAUUAUUAUUACUAUUAUGCGCAUUGUUCACCACCACCAUCCUUUUAGGUCCCUUACCUUUUCCUUCUACUCUCACUGCACACCCUCUCCCCUUUCCCUUUCCCCCCAUCUCACCGGACAUACGUUGGCACUUAUGGCGUGCCUUAGAUUGCAGCGGGGUCCCUGUGAGGAAGCUGUGCAGAUUUAUCUUCUAAUUUAAAGAAAAUCUAUUUCAGCAUGAGUUCCUCUUAGCCCCUGUGCACACUACAUUGCUAUGGAGAAGCACAUUUCCCACGCCGUCAGUGAGCUUACGAGCUUUUGUCUCAGGACUGCUCUGUGUGAAAUCUUUUGUUCUUCUUUCCUUGACCCCUUGCUCCUUUUAGGUGGGUUGUGGGUUUGCUGAUGUGGCAAAAGGCAGGGUUUCUCACCUUUCGCAUGUGGAACCCACGCAAUAGACUUAUGUUGUGUCCUGGAGCUUUUGUGGCUCGCUGAAGAGCUGAAGUUCAUUGUGAACAUCUGGAGGGUUGGGUUAGCGUCAUAGGAAUCUCUGGAGGAGUGCAAGGAAAUAUGAACGCGUUUUUCUAUGAAUACUUAGCUGGUGAAUAAAAUACACGGAUCCAUAUCGUGCAGAGGAGCUGCGAAGAGUCGCUCCUUGAAGUUUGUUCAAAAAGGUGUGUUAGGUGGAUGAGGUAGUUUCUUAGGAAUCUCGGAGAAGUGUACAUUUUAAAGGCUUUUGUAAUGAGCGUUUUGUCACAGAAUAAAAACAAUUUAGUCAUAAAGAAGUGACCCAUGAUGUUGGCACGUGCUGGUCCUGCAAGUGAGAAUGGGUCUCAUUGCUAAAUUUCUUAAGGACUGUGGCACUUGGUGUAUAAAUGCUUGCACAAGUCCUCAUACUUAACUUUUUUAAUGUUAAGUUCAAAAUUUGGAUCCACGAUGAUGAAUGAUCGUACGUCAGGCUCCCUGUCGAGAAAUGAACAGGCUUCAAGGGCCAACAUUUGACGCAAGUGCCUGAGACUUAGUGCAGCUGCUCUUUGAUUUCUUGUCAUUAUAUGCUCAUGGUCAGAAUGAUGAAUGUAUGUGCUAAGCAUCUAAGUUUCUGUGUGUAGCGCAGAGCACAAGCUGUGCUUUGGUCAGCUGACCCAGCUCUCUAAACGGCAAUCCUUGAGGUUUGGCUCGAUUUCCAAAAAGUGCAAGGCAUUGCUUAUGAGCGCCAUCUAUUAUUGUGGUUGAAGUGGGCUUGCUAGAAAAGUUUCCAGAGGUAAAAAACCAGUGAACGGAUCAAUCAUUAGUGCUCUAUUGGUUACUUGAGCAAUCCCCAAAUCUUUUUAUAGUCAUAAUUGCUAUAACCUGAUCUAGCUUUGGUGCUGGUUAUCUGCAAGGCUUGGCUCAAUUACUCAGUCAGUUGGAAGUGUUGCUCACUAGCGCCACCUGUUGUAGUUGACUCAAACUCUGCAGGGAAGUUUCAGCCACACUCUGGAUAGCUGAAGGGUUUAGUUGCUGCAUAACAACGCCUCAUGGUGUUUGUUAGUGCCACACAUCUAUAGCCAACUUGAACUGAAGAUUUUUUUUUAAUAUAAGCAAUUAGGACUACCAUAUUAAGUGAACCUACGAAGCAUCUGGGACCUUGUGCCAUUUAUGCUAAUAUGCUGCACUCUGGAAAAACUGGGCCACUGUUUAUUGGCAUUGCCAUAGUACAAUAAGAUGCUGCACUGUUAUUAUAGUCAUUUUUCGAGCCAGCUAUUGCUUGUUCAGUCUCGGUUUGGGCAUUGACUUAGCAUUGUACAUCACGAGGACUUUGUAAAAGCGGAAUGUGAAAAAACUUUACUAUAGUAUCUUUGCCUUGAUGUUGUGUUAUUGGUCAUAAUGAGGAUUUGAAAGUAUCUUGUGUUUCUGGCUUUCUUUCCACUAAAUAAUGUCCCAUUACUCUAAUUUAUGGUGUCACAUUUGUGGGGGCUGUAAUAAUGACUGCCACUCAUCAUAGUGUUUAUUGUAUCAGUGCAUUUUUAUUCCCCCCCCACUCGUAAUGUUCUGCCACGUGCGAACAAAAGUCACGGAUUUGUUUGAUAGCUCCCGCAUUUUUCAUUCGUUAUGCUACAUCAUUGUACUGUUCACUUUUGCAGCUGUUUGUGUGUGUCCAGCACUGUUGAUAUUUGAAUAGGCCUGAAAGGUUUCACCAUGCACAUUGGCCAGUUGGCACGGUGUGUGUGUGCAUAUCUUGUGUAUUUUUUUCGUGGAAUUUCUGCAGCUUCAGCCUCAAAAAUUUAGACGGGGUUAUUUUGAGAAAUGCACAUAGUAGUGUUCUUUAGGCUCGUUAUCCUUUUUUUGUGCAUGUGUGCGCAUCUCUGUGUAGUGUUGUCCAAUCUUGGAAAAAUGCAGUACAUUGGUGCUCAAGUGCUCUUUGUGGCCCGAUUCUGUAACCCAUUCUGGCCUUGGCAGUGGUAAUCUGUAAAGAUUGGCCCAGGCCUCCAUUCAACAUAAAUUGUUGCAAACCAGUGCCACCUGUUGUAGCUAGGGUGAACUAAGGCAGGAAGGUUUGAGCACUUGACGUGAAAGACCUGCGUGCUUACUAACCUUCAGCGUACGGCCACUGAUGACGUCGUAUAGGCUGCAAAGCAGAAUGUUGAAAUUGCAUUGGCUUAAAUACUAAAGUGUUGUUCUCCUAAAGAAUGGACAACACUGUACACUGUUUCUUCACGUGGCUAAAGAUAUACCAGUUUUCGAUCAGUAAUUUGAAAACUUUUGAGCAUCUAAACCUCAUCAAGCAUUUCAUCAUUGUGCAACACUAUUUUCACGAUUCACGAAUGCAGGGGAAAAAAAGAAGCUUAGGUUCAUGUCGACGCACCACUUUGGUAUUGAUAUCGAAAAUUUGCACACGACUGUGCAAGUCCUUGCACUGCUUUUGCAAAUUGGUACCCAGUGAAGGUCAUUGGCAUGUUGUCAAAAAGCAUUCUCACACUUCCUGGUGCAUGUUUCAGCAAGCAAUACGACAUUCACAGAUGUACAGUAUGUACGAUCUGCAGAUCAAUUAUAUGAAAGACGGAGUUGUGACAACUGUCACUUCCGUCACCUGUGUACUUGAACAGAAAGGAUUCAAGGCAGGUGUCAAGUCCGUACAGGAAGGGUUAACAAGCAAGCUAUAGUGGUGCUCGUCGUAUGACUUGCAAAUGUGGCAAUACAACAAUGUGCAUCGACUCUGUAUUCGUACAUUUUUGAAGUGGCUACUUGGCGUGCAGGGACUUAUUACCUUCCAGCCACAAGUAUAGUAUUCAGCUGCCGCCAAAGGAUCGUUUUGCAGGCAGCGCAGGGCAUUGUGAACGCAUCUUUUUGUCUUUUGCAAUUGCUCUGAUAAAUAUAUAAAUAUAUAUAAAUAUUUAAUAAGCAUUUUUUCACGAGUACGCAUGCUAGAAAAAAAAAAAAAAGGGCUGCUUGUGACAGAGCCAGUGUGAUACCUCUUUCGCGUACUUUGUACCAUAGUUUUUAGGACAUUUGUACUUUAUUGCAUUCAGGUUGCAGAUCAGCGUUUUGCUGCUCGAUGCUGCUGCAUGCACCAUGCGGGCAGAUGGAGGCACGAAUGUCCAGUUUUUUGUGUUUUUUUAUGACACUUGAAAUAAAAUGACAUUUUCAUGAA